AGGCAGAUGCAAUCCAGGUCACUCCACUUGGCCCUCCUUAUCCUUGCCAUUGUCGUCUACAUCGUUGAAAGCGCUACGAUAGUUCGACGUAACAUAGCUGAGGGAUUCGACUCAGAGGAUCCACCUUUUCGUGAGGUUCAGAAACGAAAUCAGUUUUACGGACUUUUCAAGAAAUUGAGUUAUGACUCGAUGAAACCGAACUUCUACUUGAACGAUGGCUUUGGACAACAUUAAGUGCCAACCAUAAUCAUACUACUCUUUCGCAGAAUUAUGUUCAUUUUCAAUUCGUCACAAAUCAUUCUCGUUUACGCCACAUAUAAUGUGAUCUCUUGCGAAUAAA